AUGGGAAACUUUGAAAUAGCUGAACUUACUAGAUUAUAUGAGGAGUAUAAGUCAUUUUUUCUAGAUAUUAAAUUGAAAUCUACCGACCAGAAAGCUCACACGCAUAACAACAACAAUAAAUCAGAUAGAGCACCUUCAAGGUACAUAUCUAUCAGGACUGUGGAAGGCCAGAAUUUGGAUGUUUCUGUGUGUGAUUCUGGGUGGUGUAUCCUAGAUGGAAACCAGUGCUUGCUUCGACCUUAUUAUGAAACAUUCGAAUCUUUGAUGAUGACAUUGUCACCAUCUUUCCAAGAUAGUUUUCAUUCCGAAUUAUCCUUGAAAUUGGAGCAAAUAUCGACUAAUCUAUCCGGAGAUGAACACUGA